AUCGCUAAAGUAUUGGACGGCAAGCAAUCGAUUUUCUCCUCCCAAUUCUCCUUCCUUUUGUGUGUUUUCUCGAUAUUGACUCCUACCGGGAAGAGAAGCAUGACGCGAGUAACACCGCCGGAUCCGGUCGCCGGCAGUGCUUCUCCGGUGCCGCCGAACUGGUGGGAUAAGAUCAACGAAUCAGUUGAAUGGCAAGAUGGGAUCUUUUACUCUCUCUGUGCUGCCUAUGCCCUCGUAUCUGCCGUCGCCCUUAUUCAAUUGAUAAGAAUUCAGAUGAGAGUGCCCGGGUAUGGCUGGACAACACAAAAGGUUUUUCAUCUCAUGAAUUUCAUUGUGAAUGGAGUUCGUGCCGUUGUCUUUGGGUUUCACAAACAAGCAUUUCUUUUCCAUCCCAAGGUGCUAACCACUGCGCUAUUAGACAUUCCUGGAUUGCUCUUUUUCUCAACAUAUGCCCUUCUGGUCCUGUUCUGGGCUGAGAUAUAUCACCAGGCUAGAAGUUUGCCAACUGAUAAGCUCAAAACCUUUUACGUAUCAAUAAAUGCCGGAAUGUACGUCAUACAGACCGGUAUAUGGGUCUAUCUAUGGUUUAACGAUAAUAAUGCCGUGGAUUUGAUUGGAAAGAACUUCAUAGCUGUUGUUUCAUUUGUGGCAGCAUUGGGGUUCUUGAUCUAUGGGGGAAGGCUUUUUAUCAUGCUGCGACGCUUUCCCAUUGAAUCCAAAGGAAGAAGAAAGAAGCUCCACGAGGUCGGAUCCGUGACAGCCAUAUGUUUCACCUGUUUCCUGAUAAGAUGCUUUGUGGUUCUGUUGUCUGCUUUUGAUUCAGAUGCUUCACUUGAAGUAUUGGACCACCCUGUUUUGAAUUUGAUAUAUUACCUGGUGGUGGAAAUCUUGCCCUCGGCGCUGGUUCUAUAUAUCCUGCGCAAACUUCCUCCCAAAAGAGUCUCUGCUCAGUACCACCCCAUCCGUUAGAGAACGAGAAUGGCACGUGACAUACUUGUUUUAGGUGUCACAUUCAGUUGAUUAAUUUAUGCGGAAUGUGUAACGUAUUUGUAUUUGAAGAGAUGAUAUCAGUAAAAACCUACCAACUGAAUGUGGAGAGUUAUUUAAUGUCAAUCGAAGGUUUUAUACAGUAUAAGUACUUAUAAUGUGCUUAGG